AUGACGAGUGGUAAUGCUGGCCAGUCACUUUUUGCAGGAAAAAGUAAACUAUUAGCUGUCAUCGGUGAUGAAGAUACGGUAACCGGAUUCUUGCUGGGUGGAAUUGGUGAACAUAGUGCGAAAACGCGGAAACCAAAUUUCUUGAUUGUGGAUAAAACCACGAAACUAACGGACAUUGAAGAAACGUUUAAAAGUUUUCUCACUCGAGAGGAUAUUGGUAUUAUUCUUAUCAGUCAAUUCAUUGCCGAACAAAUCCGUGGGUUAGUUGAUGGACAUGACAAAUCAGUACCUGCUAUUUUAGAAAUUCCAAGUAAAGAACAUCCGUACGAUGCGUCGAAAGAUUCGAUUUUACGUCGUGCUCGGGGUAUGUUCAGUGCUGAUGAUUUCAAAUGA